AGAGGGCUCCGGUGAACUAUCGCGGGACUUCUUCCGUGUAGCUACCGGUAUUCUCGAUAUUGAGCGAGGAUAGAGUUAAAGACGGCGUGGGGAUAGUGCUCCCUGUCCCUGUCGGAAGGCAGGUUGUCACAAACAUGUCAGCGAAGCCGACCCCAGGUUUUUACCGACAGGAGUUAAAUAAAACUAUAUGGGAGGUGCCCCAGAGAUAUCAGAACUUGACUCCCGUAGGUUCCGGGGCCUAUGGGUCAGUGUGCUCAGCGUUUGAUUCUGAUACUGGACUGCGUGUAGCAGUAAAAAAGCUAUCUAGGCCCUUUCAAUCAAUCAUCCAUGCCAAACGCACAUAUAGGGAGCUGCGUCUACUCAAACACAUGAAGCAUGAAAACGUUAUUGGACUUCUAGAUGUUUUCACACCAGCACAAUCCUUUGAGGAAUUUCAUGAUGUGUAUCUGGUAACACAUCUAAUGGGUGCUGACCUCAAUAACAUUGUAAAGUGUCAGAAGCUAACUGAUGACCAUGUACAAUUCUUGAUCUAUCAAAUCCUUCGAGGGUUGAAGUAUAUUCAUUCGGCGGAUAUAAUUCAUAGGGACCUGAAGCCCAGCAAUCUUGCAGUUAAUGAAGAUUGUGAGUUAAAGAUUCUUGACUUUGGUUUAGCAAGACACACUGAUGAAGAAAUGACUGGUUAUGUGGCAACACGCUGGUACCGAGCACCAGAAAUCAUGCUGAACUGGAUGCAUUAUAAUCAAACAGUUGAUAUCUGGUCAGUGGGAUGCAUAAUGGCUGAACUUUUGACGGGACGAACCUUAUUCCCAGGCACAGACCAUAUUGAUCAGUUGAAGCUAAUUUUAAGACUGGUUGGAACACCAGAGCCAGAGCUCCUGCAGAAAAUCUCCUCGGAGGCUGCUCGAAAUUACAUCCAGUCUCUGCCAUACAUGCCCAAGAUGAAUUUUGAGGAUGUUUUUCUGGGUGCCAAUCCUCAAGCUGUUGACUUGCUGGAGAAAAUGCUUGUUCUAGACACAGACAGGCGAAUUACGGCAGCUGAGGCACUAGCACACUCAUACUUUGCACAAUAUCAUGAUCCAGAUGAUGAGCCUGUAGCUGAGCCAUAUGACCAGAGCUUUGAGAGCCGUGAGCUGGACAUAGAGGAAUGGAAGAGUCUAACGUAUGAUGAGGUGGUUUGCUUUGUGCCUCCUCCACUUGAUGCAGAAGAGAGGGAGUCUUAAGGACGCUGAUCCCAUAUGAUUCUAAAUCACUGUGAAUGUGGGGAAUCACCUUUGUGUACCCCAUGCUAUCAUACAAAGUGCCUACCAGGCUGUGGAUAUGGGGGUUUCACACAUUUAUAUUUGUUUUCCUUUGCUGGGGAGAAUUAUUUAUAUAGAAUUUCUAUGUAACUCCAGCUGCAUGCUCUUCUCAGUUGUUACCCUUUCACUAUUAAUAUUCCAGCACAGAAUCAUUUCUUCUGCAGGUUGUUGUGUUUGUUUGUUUUUUAAUAAAAGGGGUAAAUAGAUGCAAUAUCUUAUGUCUUAAUCAUAGUAAACCGUGAUCACAA